AUGUACGAGUCGGACGCGAGGUAUGCAGCGAUCACCUUCGCGAGCCCCCCGGCGCUGCCGGCCUUAGCGGGCGACACCACCUUGCGCCUCCGCUUUGCCGCCGCCGCAGGCAGCUUCUUCCGGACGCCGAGCAGAUCCUUCUUUUCCAUCGGGUCCUCGGUCGGUCCUCCACCUUGGGGUUUCGUCUCUCAGAGGUUUUGGGGGUUUGAUGCUUCUGCUGAUCGGAGGAUGAUGCUUCUCGCCAAGCUCGGGGCGCCGAGCGUUCCAGGUUGUGUGACGGACAGAAGGAAAUUGCUGUUGGUCCCUACGAUUAGUAUGGCUAUUGGCUCCUUUCAGUACACUUUUGACAAGGGAACAGCAAAAGCUGAAUUUGCUGAUAUGCCUGCACUUCGUGGAAAAGAUUAUGGAAAGACAAAAAUGCGGUAUCCAGAUUACACUGAAACGGAAUCAGGCCUCCAGUACAAGGACUUGCGGGCUGGUGAUGGCCCUUCUCCAAAAACGGGGGAGACUGUUGUUGUUGAUUGGGAUGGCUAUACAAUUGGGUACUAUGGUCGUAUCUUUGAAGCUCGAAACAAGACCAAAGGAGGUUCGUUUGAGGGUGGUGACAAAGACUUCUUCAAGUUCAAGGUUGGAUCAGGACAGGUCAUACCAGCUUUUGAGGAGGCUAUAUCAGGCAUGGCUCCAGGAGGUGUUAGGAGGAUCAUUGUACCACCUGAUCUUGGAUACCCAGAUAAUGACUACAACAAGUUGGGUCCGAAACCAACGACAUUCUCGGGACAAAGAGCUCUUGAUUUUGUUCUACGUAAUCAAGGCUUAAUAGAUAAAACUCUCCUGUUUGACAUCGAGCUUCUCAAGAUAAUUCCGAAUCAAUAUUCAGUAACGUCACCGAAAGUUACAUUUUGCAGGAGAUUCUUACAAUUACCUUUGAGGAAAGAAGCUCAUGUUAUCCAGAUCCAUCGAAGAUCAGCAGGAAUCGCACUACAUGGUGCUGUUGUGGUCGCGGUCGCUCAUGUGGUCGACGGUCAUGGCGCGCAUGGCAUGGAGACGCUCUCUGCGCAGCUCGGCUCGUUCCAAUUAGACGGUGCAGGAGUCGGCUUUGUCUUCGGUAGGAGCUGCAAGUGGAAGUGGAAGGCUAGCGAUAGAUUCAACAUAAACUCUCAGCUUGAGCAUCUUCAAGCCAAAUAUGUUGGUACAGGGCAUGCUGAUUUGUCCAGAUUUGAAUGGGCUGUAAACAUCCAGAGAGACAGCUAUGCCUCUUAUAUUGGGCACUAUCCAAUGCUAGCAUAUUUUGCCAUUGCUGAGAAUGAAUCGAUCGGAAGAGAAUGUUACAAUUUCAUGCAGCUAGGAAAGGUUCUAAAUCAACUGCCCACACCCUACUAG